GAUCCCCAUCGUAGAAGGCCAUGGACAAGAAGAAGUGGCUAUAAAAGUACUGAGCAUCUAGUUAACCAGCAUCAGUUCAAAUCCAAGAAAUUAAAGUGAAUUUAUAACAAUGUUUAAAGAGCUCCUCUUUUUGUGUAUGAUCUUGGCUGUAGCUAUGGCAGCUCCAGCUGAGCAAGGCGAUCAUGCAGCUGACUUAGAACCAGUGCCAGCUGCCUUAGAACCAGCUGCAGCUGAUUUAGAAACAGCGGCAUCUGCUCAUCAUGGAUAUGGGGGAUAUGGUGGAUAUGGAGGAUAUGGUCGUGGAGGAUAUGGUGGUUAUGGAGGAUAUGGUGGAUAUGGAGGAUAUGGAGGAUAUGGUGGAUAUAGAGGAUAUGGUGGAUAUGGUGGAUAUGGACACCACCACCACCAUCACCAUGGAUAAAUAAUUAAAACAGAUUGGCCAAAUUAAUUUAAUGUGUAAAUAAUAAAUUAUAUUUAAAAAAUAAAAUAUUCAUUCAACAA